GCUUGACCUCGUCUGUCCUUUCCUCCCCCCAGGCAACGGCGAUCCUUCAUCUGUGCUUUGUCAUGACUGCGGCGGGCAUCUCCCAGGCAAGCUCACCUCGCUUGCCCAGUCCUCCUCCCUUUACGGAGGUCCAGAUUGGUCCUAAGUCGCCUUCUUUCGCCAAAGACGCGGAGAAGGUGCUUGGCGCGUCCCUUGAGCAGGACGAUGGCUCGACGCGGAGAAUUCGACCGGGCACAAAGGCUGCAGAUAUGGCUUCUGGGCCUCCCUUAAUUCCCCUUCAUCAAGUCGAUUCGCCCUUUCAACUGCAGGAACAUUUGAAAGCACUAUAUAACAGCUAUACCAAACCAAAAGGGUCCGAUACGGUUAUUCCGAUUACGCGCGAAAUUGCUAUACAGAUAGCGCAGCCGCCGGAAGGUAUCGAGCGAGCGCUCUGGCUUUACGAACUCUGCCGUUUCCUUACGAUGAAAGUCAAUAAUCUCAUCAUCGCUUUCUUCGCCGAAGAUCCUCCAUGUUCGUCCCACCUCUGCCCGGAGAUGCGCGCCGCCGACUGGCAGUAUCUCUGUGCUGUCCAUGAUCCUCCCAAGUCUUGCUGUGCCAUUGAUUACUGUUGCCACACGCUGGAUUGGGCUACGAACGUUCUAACGUCGCCAAAGUUCUUUCCAAGUCGUCUUGUUUUGGGAUCGGAAAUAGGAGGCGGAGCACAAGCGAGCAUAAGACAUCUCACCAAUAUUUUCCGUCGUUUAUACCGCAUUUUCGCACAUGCCUGGUUCCAGCACCGCAAUGUCUUCUGGCAGGUGGAAGGUAAUGAGGGGCUUUACAUCUUGUUCAAAACCGUUUGCGAUAUGUAUACCCUCAUACCAGAAGAAAAUUACACGGUCCCCGCCGAGGCUGAAGGUGUUGAUGCGCCUAAACCAGCUACUCCCGAACAACCGCAAGGACGUCCAAUGGUGAUAUUGCGAAAAGACAGCGAAAGUUCGACGGCUCCUGUUUCGAAUAAUGUGGAGGCUCCCGCUCUUGCAACAGACACCAAUACGCGACGCCAUAAGCACAGCCCAUCCACUGGCUCCCGUGUUACGACCAUCACAGAGUAUAAUGAGGAUCGCCACAAACUUUCUGAGCUAGACGAGACGUCGGAACUGGGGGAACUCCCGUCGCAGACUCCAGAGACUGGAGACGAACCUACUAAUGAACCGUCGGAGAACGGUACCUCGUCCGAGACCAGUGUUCAAGUGACGGAAACAGAGUUAGAACCUUCAGAGCUGGAGCAAUCUGGCGCGGAGCAACAAGAGGAGUCGGUUGAAACCGUGGAGACAGAACCGGCUGACGCGCCAAACCCAGAACCCGAGACGGCCAAAUCGGAGGUGGAGGAGGCGAUUCCAUCUACGGAGCAUGCUUUGACAGAAACAUCCGAGUCUGAGUCAAAGGGAGAACCGGAGAUGAAGCCGGAGUCAGAAGAACAGAGGGCGGAACCCGAAUCCAGCACAGAGUUAGAAUCUAAAACGGAGUCUGAGGAGGCCGAGAAGGCACCUGAAGUGGAUUCAACGUCCAAGGCCCAGGACCCCUCGGAUUCAACCGCAGAGUCAGAACAAGAACCGGAGCCAACGAGAGAGGAAUCCUCUGCUUGCAAGAUGGAGUCGGCUCCUGAACCAGCCGCAGAAUCGUGAGCGUCAUAAGCGGAGACACCGAUUAUCCUCUUUCUUUUGAUUCAUACACUUCUUCACUUACAUCACUUCAUUUUCAUGUGCAUGCGGAGGAUACUUCCUUGCGCUGUCUAUACUUUCCAUUUAUUUCUUACCCGAUUAUGUUUGUAAUACACACACCCCUGUACCAGUGACGAGACGCCGUUUUAUGUGUUUAAUGCAUGUUUAAACUUCUGAGGGAUGACGGGAUUGAUACAGAAGACUGAGAGGGCAGCGGAUUAAUUUGUAACAUAAGCAGGCCGAGAACUCAGUUGUAUUUGAGACAAUGAGAUACCCAUCCGUCUAUUUUCAUUCCUGUUCAGGACUCUACAGAGUUAAUCAUUGCAGUAAUCCAGCUAAAUAUGUAAAUAUAUCGUUCAAAAAUCUAC